ACUCGACAACCACGACCACGACGACGACCAAGACGAAGGCGAGCAACUCGACGAUGGAAAGCUUUCUUCACGGAAAAAUACAUAAGGGAGCCGGUCUUUCCCAGUGCUACUAUCGCUGCCGAUGGUACUACUGCAACCAGAACCACCACCACCAUCACCAACACCACCACCACCACCACGACUACUACGAAGAUACUGCUACUUCUAUCAUCACUUAGUAGCUACUCCUGUUCAUAUGGGGUGCAUGAACGGACCAUAAGGAGAAGGAGGAGGUGGAGAACGUGGAGAAGGUGGAUGGAAUGAGAGCUUUGGUUGGAUCCGAAUUUCUUCGCAGUUACCAUUUGUCUGUCAUCUUGACCACUUUUCUUUAGGAGCGAGAUAAUGAAUUCCAUCUCUCCUGGACGUGAACUAAUCCUCCCAGAUUCCACCACCAACAGCAACCGAUUCAGGAAGUGUCGCGAUGCUUUGCAAAUCUCGGUUGAGCAAAGUGGUUUGGAGACUCUCCACGACUUGAUCCAUUGUGGCCAUGACAUGGCUCCAACUCUUGGCAAAAGUGACGUUUGUCUGUCCCCCUCUCCCAUGGACACCGACGACUCCCCGUGUCAAACUAUCCUUCCUCCCUUGGACAAAGUGGACUUGUCCUUACUAAAUCUCAAAUCACAGUCGCCAGACAGUUUACUGCUCCAUUCCGAGCCUUUCAUCUCACAAAAGAGCAAUUCUUGUUCUUCGUAUGCCUCGUCGUCUUCCUCCACGACGGAAGAGGUCACCAGCACAAGUCACGGGUACCCCUCAGAUGAGAUCACGGAUCCACCGUCCUUAGGCAGGGACAGUGCUCCCACCGUGAUCACAUCCCUCGAUCCGGUUAUAGUGCUUUCACACGCCCCUCCUACAGCCACGACAUUAGCCAAUCUGUCGAGUCUGACUCUCCCGGUACAAAAUGUAACGACACUCGGGGACGACAGCAACGACAAUCAAGCCACCACUCUUCCCCCCAAAAGUAUUACUGAUGGCGGACUUCUGUCUUCCAUCAUUCCCCUACAACCAACUGACGUCUAUACCUUAACACUUACGGACGGUUCGGUGGUUCAAUUGCGAGUACAAAAUGCCCCAACAACUUCCUCACUCUCUUCGUCAUGCGCCACCACCAUCGCCCUCAAUGAGGACGGAAACCAUUUGGCCACAAAACCUGCAGUGUCAUGCGCUAUAGUCCCCAUAACCACCACCCCACUUGGUGCCAUUUCAAGUCCUAAUCAAAGUGAUUCAAGUACCAACAACACAUCGUUUCUUUUCAAUGCACCACCCCAAGAAUUGUCCGACAUUGUGUUAAAUGAACGAGAAGAAGAAUGGGCACUCUCAGCCAAUCUGGAACCGCCGUCCACGGGGGAAUCGCCCGUUUCCGUGGCCGCCGAAGUGAUUCUUCCAUUUAGUAAUCCCAAUACGCCCGAGAAUCAUGAUCCCAGUUUAAGUCUUCGCUCAUCAUCCCCCUCUUCCUUGGGGACGUCCUCGGCUGGUUCCGAGGACAUUUUCCUGUCCUCGCCGGUGAUUGUGGCCGACGAUGAUCCUCUUCUGCAACAGCACCGUCAUUACCAACAACAGCAACAACUGCAUCGCCAACAAUUCCACGACAAGUGCGAGUCUGUUUCGGAAAAUGACAUACUCAGCGAUGCAUUUGACUUUAGCGAUCCGGAUAGCGACGAGAUGGGUGGUCCCAAUAUUCCGGAAGACUCGCUCCAAUCGAUAUUUGCAUCAAUGGAAAAUGUGUCUAUUGAAACGUUAAAAGCACAACUCACAACACUCCCCGAGGGCCAAACUGACUUGGAAGCUCUCCUGGUGGCGGCCAAAAUUGACAUGACGUUGGAGGAGAUUGUCGGCCCUCCAUUGACUCAUGUGAAAAAGGCUAUGGAGACGAAAGGCUUGAGUGACUGGCAAGUUCAGCUUUGCAUCAAAAUUCGACGACGAAAAAAGAAUACGGCUGCCGUCCGGUCUAGUCGUCGCAAGCGAAGCCAAUACGUGGUCAAUCUGCGGGAAAAAGUGACAGACCUUCAACAGCGUCGGAAGGAAGCUCAAGAGGAAAAUGCUUUACUCACCCAACUGACCUCGUUGUGGAUGCGAUUGUGUGCUGAGGUCGAGGUCGAGAUCCAAGAAGGGGUGCGGAAGCAAUUGGGCACUCGUUUGGCUGUCAAUUGCUCCCAAGAUCGAACCGAAGCCACUCUUGGCACGUCAUCGCUUUAAUCCAGCCUCAAAGCAGCUAAGGAACGAGAAGACCACAACGACAACGACGACAGCGAAAGAGAAGAAGAUGAAUCGGCUUCUCUCUGUAAUUAGCCCUAGAAAUCAACGACGUUAGCCAGAUCAGAGUAUUUGCCUUCUGGCAACAGGCAUGGGCAGUCUACAAGAAGUGGUCGAGGUUUAACGGUGGAUGGACGUCAAAAUAUUCCCUCUCACCUCACCACACUGUACUCGUGCUUCUUGCUCUUCAUCAUCUUCAACAUCUAUUGCAACAAAAACCAACCCAUUUACUUAAUUGCAUUAACGAAAGAACGAAACAAUCUCAGCUCUACUUUAAAGCUCGUGCACAUAAUAGCUCUAUCAAAAAUCUAGAAAUAUAGAAAAUUUUCAA